ACUGCCCAUCCAGGUCCAAAGAUCACUUUAUUGUUUACCCAAGCGGUUAGCAGUGAAGCUCGCCCGGGGAUCUCUGUUCUUCCUUUUUGAAUCCAAAACAACGACUGGUGGCUCCUUGCGAGGCACCUGCUCCAUCCUGCGAUAAUUGUUCAGUACUUUGUACCAGGCUGAAGUCUGAAAGUCCAAAGUGAACGCGCUCUUUGUUAGGAACAUUUUUCUUUCUUUCAGCCAUGUUUCCAUGAAUGUGGAAGACCUUAAAGGAUUAUUGUUGGAGCUGUACAUUAUGAAGAAACAGAAAUAAAAUGGGAUCAGUGGAAUCCUAUUUUGGACGGCUGUGUGGGCAACAGCAAAACAAAGAGGAGGAGAGACUUUUGCGAGCCAAUGACAGACCUUUCAACUUGUCCUACAACUAUGCCAAUAACGCCAUCAAGACAUCCAAAUACAACCUCUUUACCUUCCUUCCGCUUAACCUUUUUGAGCAGUUCAGGAGGCUCGCCAACAGCUAUUUCCUCUUCCUCUUUGUACUUCAGCUCAUCCCACAAAUCGCCUCGCUCUCAUGGUUCACCACAGCCGUCCCGCUCAUUUUGGUGCUUUCCAUAACAGCCGUCAAAGAUGCCACAGAUGAUAUUAACAGGCACAAGAGUGAUAACCAAGUGAACAACCGCAAAGUGAACGUCCUCAUCGAUGGAGAACUUCAAAGUGAAAAAUGGAUGAAUGUUCAGGUUGGAGAUGUCAUUAAACUGGAAAAUAACCAGUUUGUUACAGCAGACCUCCUCCUGCUUUCGAGCAGUGAGCCUCUAAACCUAGUCUAUGUGGAAACUGCAGAACUCGACGGUGAAACCAAUCUGAAGGUGAAACAGGCGUUGACUCUCACUGGAGAGAUGGGAGACACCAUCGAAGCACUGGCUAGCUUCAAAGGUGAAGUCAGAUGCGAACCGCCAAACAACCGCCUGGACAAAUUUAAAGGGACGCUAGCAGUAGAUGGACAAACGUACUCUUUGGACAACGACAAAGUGCUUCUACGUGGAUGCACUUUGAGAAACACAGAGUGGUGCUUUGGACUGGUUAUUUUUGGAGGCCCGGACACAAAGCUGAUGCAGAACAGCGGAAAGACGACGUUCAAACGCACCAGCGUUGAUCACCUUAUGAAUGUUUUGGUGCUUUGUAUCUUUGGCUUCCUGGCUACCAUGUGCUCGGCUCUAACCAUCGGCAACGCAAUCUGGGAGAUAAAGGAAGGCUCGGCGUUCACUAUGUUCCUCCCUCGGGAACCCGGCGUUGACGCUCCUCUUUCAUCGUUCCUCACCUUCUGGUCUUACGUCAUCGUUCUCAACACGGUGGUGCCGAUAUCGCUCUAUGUCAGUGUGGAGAUCAUCCGUCUUGGAAAUAGUUUUUACAUCGACUGGGACAGGAAGAUGUAUUACCCCAAAAGCGACACUCCUGCUCAGGCAAGGACCACCACUUUGAACGAGGAGUUGGGUCAGAUCAAAUAUAUCUUCAGCGACAAGACUGGCACCUUGACGCAGAACAUCAUGGCUUUUAAUAAGUGUUCCAUCAAUGGCAAAAACUACGGUGAGCUUUUAGAUUUUGCAGGACAAAGGAUGGAAAUUACAGAGAAGACACAAAGGGUCGACUUCUCGUGGAACCAACUGGCUGAUCCAAAAUUCAUUUUUCAUGACCGCAGUUUGGCAGAUACCAUCAGGGAAGGCAAUUUGGAAGCUCAGGCUUUUUUCCGAUUGUUGGCUCUGUGCCACACCGUCAUGCCCGAAGAAAAGAAAGAGGGAGAGCUUUACUACCAGGCUCAGUCCCCUGAUGAAGGCGCUCUGGUCACUGCCGCGAGAAAUUUCGGCUUUGUGUUCCGUUCACGUACACCGGAGACCAUCACGGUGGUGGAGAUGGGCGAACGAGUCGUCUAUGAUCUUUUGGCUGUUUUAGAUUUCAAUAAUGUACGCAAGAGGAUGUCAGUCAUAGUGCGGAAUCCUGAAGGCAAGCUGACUCUGUACUGCAAAGGAGCAGACACCAUCAUCUACGAGAGGCUCCACACCUCCUGCAACAAACUCAUGGGCAUCACCACCGGACAUCUCAACGAAUACGCAGGCGAUGGGCUCCGCACUUUGGUUCUGGCUUACAAGGAUUUGGAUGAGAGCUAUUUGAAGGAGUGGAUGCAGCGUCACCAUGUGGCCAGCACCGCCAUGGACGAAAGGGAUGAGAAACUCGAUGAGCUGUAUGAAGAGAUUGAGAAAGACUUGCAGCUUCUGGGAGCAACGGCUGUAGAAGACAAGUUGCAGGAUGGUGUCCCUCAGACAAUCGAGCAGCUGGCCAAAGCUGGUAUCAAAAUCUGGGUGUUGACUGGAGAUAAACAAGAGACGGCAGAGAAUAUCGGCUAUUCCUGCAACAUGCUGCGAGAGGAGAUGAAGGACAUUUUUGCUGUGUCAGCAAAUACAGCAGAAGAAGUGAAAAAGGAGCUCGUGUGUGCAAGGAGGAAAAUGUGUCCAGAAGGAGCCGAUGCACCGACUGUGACCAAAGCUCGUGCGGGCCUCUUCUGGCUUGAGAAGACAGAAACUGUGCAUGAUGACAAAGUGGAUGGAGAAUACGCCCUUGUUAUAAAUGGACACAGUCUGGCCUUUGCCUUGGAGAAAGACUUGGAGUUGGAACUAUUGAGGACAGCAUGCAUGUGCCAAACGGUGAUCUGCUGUCGGGUCACUCCACUACAAAAAGCCCAAGUCGUCCAGCUGGUGAAGAAAUACAAACAGGCGGUCACUCUGGCCAUCGGGGACGGAGCCAAUGAUGUCAGCAUGAUCAAGGCUGCACAUAUCGGCGUCGGGAUCAGCGGUCAAGAAGGCAUGCAGGCGGUUCUGUCCAGCGACUUCUCCUUUGCUCAGUUCCGUUAUCUACAGCGCCUCCUGCUGGUGCACGGGCGCUGGUCAUACCUGCGCAUGUGCAAGUUCCUGCAGUAUUUCUUUUAUAAAAACUUCACCUUCACCUUUGUGCAUUUCUGGUACGCCUUCUUCUGCGGUUUCUCGGCACAGACUGUGUAUGAUGAGUGGUUCAUCACCUUGUACAACCUCGUGUACACGGCUCUCCCGGUCCUGGGCAUGAGUCUUUUUGACCAGGAUGUGAAUGACCGAUGGAGUUUCCAGUAUCCACAGCUGUACUCCCCAGGACCUCUGAACAUUUACUUCAAUAAGAAAGUUUUUGUCCGCUGCAUGAUCCACAGUUGCUACAGCUCCCUCAUCCUCUUCUUCAUCCCGUGGGCGGCAAUGCACGACACGGUCCGAGACGAUGGCAAAGACAUUGCGGAUUAUCAGUCCUUCGCUUUACUGGCGCAGACGUGUUUGCUUGUUGUGGUCAGCAUCCAGCUGUGUCUCGACACGCAUUACUGGACCGCCGUGAACCAGUUUUUCGUGUGGGGCAGCCUUGCAGCCUACUUUGCGACCACGUUCACCAUGUACAGCAACGGAAUGUUUCUAAUUUUUACCUCCACGUUCCCCUUCAUUGGUACGGCGAGGAAUUCUCUGAACCAGCCGAAUGUGUGGCUGCUUAUACUCUUGACAACACUCCUGUGUAGUCUGCCAGUGGUUGCUUUCCGUUUCAUUGUCAUUCAGCUUCGUCCCACCGUCAAUGACAAGGUGAGACAUAAGUUGCGUAAGGAAGCAUUGCCAGCCCCUGCUCCUCGUCGUCCACCGGUCCGGCGAAUCAGCACGAGGCGCUCGGGCUACGCGUUCUCUCAUGCUAAAGGCUACGGCGAUCUGGUGACAUCUGGAAGAUUCCUGCGUCCUCGAAAGAAUCGGCCCGCCCUGUUCAGACAAACGGACUCUCCCCUGGCACAGAACCAGCCGCAAUCCUACCGGACCAUCACAGAGGAGUCACAGCAGCACUAGGUACAAACAAAAUUAGGUUUUGUUGUGGGGGAUCAUGUACAUGAGAAAAAUUGCUGCAGUUUAUACAGUUCAGUACUGGUCUUAAUUUUAAAAAUUAUGUCAUAAAAAUGAGUGCAGUGAUGCACUCUGUGAUUGGCACAUUCACUAACUAGGGAUGAAUUUGAUGAAUUUUACGGCAUAUGAAUGGUUAUUUUUUUUAUAUUUAUAUUGAACUGUCAUUGUCCCAUUCUAAUUGCAUUUUGUGUUAUCUAUUAUUUUUAUUUUGUCAGCUUUGUUGUUAGUAUUUACAAGAUUCUUUUACACAUGUUAUUCUGCAGUAAUGAUUCAUUUAUUCAUUUUCACUUUGUCCACAAGAGACUUUUAGUCAACUUGUUUACCAUUUGCAGUUCUACUAAAAUACCACCAAGGGGCAGUGUUGUAUUUUAAACUAAUAUUUACCUUCUCAGAGCCAUUAAAUUGGGCAUCAUUUCAAGGAGCAUUACAUCUGUGGUCGUCACUUCACCUAACCAGACUAAUUUAUAUCUAAGCUAUAAAAAAGACACGCAUGUUUUAUUUGUUCAAAAGCCUCCAUGAAGACAAUUAAAAAAUAUAUAUAAAUUUUGAUUCUUAUUUGAAUUACAGUGACAUUCAAAUUCCAUGCAUAUUCCCAAAAGGCCACGCGGUGCUGUCAGAUGGCUCACCAUCCUUCAGUGAAGGUCACCGCAUGAUCCUGCUGCAUGGUGGGGGAAAUGGGCGCCGCCAUGUGUUAUAAAUAGCCUCAUCCUAACCACAAACAUGACACUAACAUAUUCACUCCGCCCCCCCCCACCCACCCACUCAUGUGGUCUUCUGAAAUGAUGUUUACCUAAACGUGAGGCUAUAGGUAGCAGUGAGCACUGAA